AUGGCUUCCGCAUCUCCCACCCAUUCCAAUCGAUCUAAAUCUGUCAAAAAAUCCAUGCGCCAAAAACAAGGUCGUCGCAAAUCAAGCCUAAUGAAAAAAGCGUCUGAAUACAGCAAGGUGUGCGACGCUGAUGUCUGUGUGGGCAUACGCGUUCGGGAAACCGGCCAAGUAUUCAUCUUAUCAGCGGAUGCUUCGGGAUUUUGGGCUUUCCUUGGCUCGCAGUUAGUAUGUUGCCAACUAUGCCUCUGA